UUAAUACGAUAAGGGUUACAUUUAUGUCUGAAAUUCAACCUCCAAGAAGGCAGUGUAUCGGACUGUGAAUGUAUGGUUAAUGUUUAAUGUUUGGAUUGAUUAGAAGUAUUAGUUGAGUCGCUAAUAGUCCAGAUGAUCAUCUCCAGCUAUAUCCUGCAGUAUUCACUCCCUCCCACAGAAGGGCGGCUAUGGUUGCUCCUCCGGUAUAAUAAAAACUGCUGGGCCGUUUUAGCCAUAAUUUUGAUGAAAUACACUCCCGUCUUUAAAAAGAAAAUCGCUAUAGUGUCCACGGUUGUGUAUUCAGUUGCUAGCUGAGAUAAAAGUCUUUAUUUCAGUGAAAAAAGGGCCGCCCUGAGAGGAGGUGAGAUGAGUUCAGAGCUCGGCUGUGUGUUGUUGAAGCGGCGGCUGGUUUAUAUGUGUCUGCUGUUUGUCGCUAGAUGGCAGGAGAAGUCCAGUUUUCUAGGGGGGAUUAACGGGGUCGUGCAUCGAGCUGCAGACAGGAUUAUUUUAUAAUAUAAAAACAUCAAGUACGAACCAUGAGAUGGCAUUCAAACGCAAAGCGGUCGACUCGAAGACCGUGCUCUUCAAUCUGCUGCUAUGUCUGGUCAUAUUUUACUCUCUUUUCUACAUGAUUGGGAGUGUGUGCUUCGGUGCCUUCAGGUUGGAUCACUUUGACGGACUGAUUCCCUUUGACUUUAAGACCGAACCUGCUGAAUCCAACUCCAAAUACUUGGUGAACCUCCUGUCCUUGGAGCUCACCUACUUUUGCAGUGGCCUUUUGUUUGCUGCAGUGGUGAGGAGGCGGGUGUGGGACUACGCCCUCACCGUCACAAUUCUGCAUGUAAUGAUCACCAGUCUAGUGAUGUUGGAGUUUCCCAUGGUGUGGCAGUGGUGGCUGGCUUUAGGUAGCGGCUUAUUUCUGAUGAUCUGCAACGGUCAGCUGAUAGCUUACUUCACUUGCCAGAGUGAUCAGAGCUACGCCUCCUUCAGUAUCUACUGACAGACAGGAAGCUACUCUGUGUAUGAGCUGUUUCAUAAACAGUCUUGUGAAGUGAGGUAGAAAGGAUCGGACCAGAUGCUCUCGUCCAGGGGACACCCAUUAGAUUCUCCACAAUGAUGGGCUUUUUGUGUUCGGCACUAAAAAAAGACUCCUCACCAUCACACAUCAGGUCAGAACUGGGUACAAUUUGUGUUUAGGGGUUGCCAACAAACUGGCAUCCUCUUGUUUUUAUGUAAAUGUCACAAGGAGAUGUUUUAUGUAUUUUGCUUGUGAUGCACAAUGUCUCUGUUACUAUGCAGGAUUUUAAGGCACCCUGUGAAGUAUCAGUACCUUUGUAAGCUGUGAAUGUAAAAGCAGAACGGGAAAGUUGCAAUUGUAUAUUUUAAAGAUAUAAAUGUAAAGUGUUAAAAAAUAAAGCUGCUACAGAUUGA